AACAACAAAGACGCUAGAUCUGCACGACACACUGGUGAAUCAUUCCGGAAAGAGUCUACAAGCGUUCCAUUUCUUGUGCUGACUUGUAGCCAUUUGCCUUUGGUUUCCAUCAAAUAGAAGGAGGACUGUAGAUCAUUUUACUUUCUGACUUUGUGUUGAUACUGGCAGCACAUUAUUUGUCUGUCUUCUUGUACGACUGAAUAAUAUUCGCCGAGUGAAACAUGGGAAUCCAAGGUCUUCUUCCCUUGCUGAAAAGCAUCCAUCAGCAAGUCGACCCUAAGGAUUACAGAGGGCAGACCGUGGCCAUCGAUGCGUAUUGCUGGCUCCACAAGGGAGUAUAUGCUUGUGCCUAUGAGCUAUGCAUUGGGAGUGACACAACUGUGUAUGUCAACUAUUGUGUGAAGCGGCUGAAAAUGCUGUUGUAUCAUAAUGUGACACCAAUCAUGGUAUUUGAUGGCCGCAACCUGCCCACUAAGGGCGAGAAGGAGAAAGAAAGACGCGACAACAGGGCCAAGGCACGUCAGGCGGGUAGGCAGCACCUUGAGCAGGGCAAUCGGCAGAAGGCAACCGAGUGCUUCCAGCGCUGCGUCGAUAUCACACCAGACAUGGCCAGGAAUGUCAUUAAGACAUGCCGCGAGAUGGGCAUCCAGUGCAUUGUAGCACCAUACGAGGCCGAUGCACAGCUGGCUUUCCUUCAGCAGUCUGGUGUUGCUGACAUUAUCAUCAGCGAGGACUCGGACUUACUGGCCUAUGGCUGUCACAAGGUCCUGUUCAAAAUGGAUGCGUUCGGUAGCGGAACCCUCAUCGAUGCUGGCCGAUUUGGCGAGGUGUCAUCCGUGGACCUGAGCCAGUUCACCAUCACUGACUUCCGGCACAUGUGCAUUCUGUCCGGCUGUGACUAUCUAGCUUCAGUCAGUGGAGUAGGUCUACAGACAGCCGUCAAGCUGCUAAGGAAGUGUAACAAGGAUGUGUCAAAGGUGAUCUCUAACUUGCGUUUGGACUGCUCCAAGCGAGUGCCGACGGAUUACGAGAAGCGCUUCUGGCUGGCAGAGUACACAUUCUUGUAUCAGAUUGUGUAUGACCCGGAAGCGAAGCAGACUCGUCACCUCACCACCAUACCCAGUGAUGUGCUGCAGCUCUGUGACGACUGGUCGUUUGUUGGAGUUAACAACGACACAUCCAGAGCUGAAGGUAUUGCCAGUGGUGCUCUCUCGCUCACUGGUGAGGUUGUGCCUGGCUUUGACCUCUCCAAGGUAGUGUCCAAGCCGCAGAACUUCAAGACGUUCCAACCAGAAGCGCCCAGCUCUACGAUAUCUGCCAUGCUGCCCAAGGCCAACAAAACCAGCCGUACUACGCCGGCCAAAGCAAACACAGCCGCUUCGAAGCAAAGUGGCCAUUGCAUCCGCUCCCAAUCCAGUAUGUUCGCCCGUACGGAAACACGAGUGAUAAAGGAGCGCUUGCCCGACCAGUCGGUGCUCAUGUCGUAUGGUGUUCGCAAGACUGUGGCGGCAAACUCCUCGUCAUCAACCAAUGUCCAUCUAGAAUCACCAACAGCUGAACGCCAGCAUCACCGAAGAUCUAGCAUGGCUGUGGCAAACACCUCACGGCUAUCAAGUCCAUUACGUGAUUCCCUGGGCGAACAAGUCCUCACUGACGAGGAGAGCUCAUUACCAGGAUCUUAUGAUGACAUGGAGGAAUCGGAGGAGCCUCUCUCAGCCAGUUUGAAUGAGCGCGUUCAGCCUGUUGCAGCUGCACCACCAAGCGCUACAAAGUGCACGCGCAUUAGCAAGUUCUUCGCUGAGGCAGCUAUCCGCUCCCCGUCCAGCAAAAACACUAUCUCCACAAUGUUACGAGAAGCCUCUGAGAAACGCUAUGAGGAAGCUACAACUCACAUCAACCAAUAUCAGCCACCGGUAUCUGUAUUUGGAGCCAAGCCAAAGCCAUUGGGUCAGUCCAAUAGCCAUCCGCAGUCCAAUCAAACCAGCAACACAACUGCCACUCCUGAUGCCAAGAAGAAACAAAACAACAGUGCUGGGAAUGGGCUGUCCAUGUUCAACUACGUCGGCAAACGUCGAUCGUCGGACAGUAGCCAAGCUGCUGUAUGCAAGCUACCACCACCACCAUUGCCAGCUCUGGGACGGACAGAGGACACAGGUGCCCUAGAUCACCAACCCCCGGCUAAAGCGGCUAGGCGUGAUAGUACAGAUGCGUUCCCGAUAAAGGAGUCUAGCAUGGCCCAAAUUGCAGUACCAAAUGAUAUUGAUGCCGAUCGCAAGAGUGACCCGUCACCAAUCCUUGCCGGCAAUGUUGCUGACAGUCAAACAGUGCCAUUGCAGUCACCAUCCUUCUCCGCACGUCUUCUUGAUAGGGAAGUAGUUCUGGAUAGCGAAAUAGAGAAUUCUCCACCACCUCAGCCCCGUCGCCUUCCAGUUGAACCCAAGCCAGCGCCGAUUUCCUCAGCUCCAUUGAUUGCACGGCCUUCACCAGGCAAGAAGUUGCUUGCGACGUUGUCCAAAUCUCGUCGUGGCGGGUCGAAGCGACUUGGCGUCGGUCGUCCGGCUUCCACCAAUAGCAGUAUCAGCAGUCCAGCUGUCCGAGGAUUUAUGCCAGGCUGCUUUGAUCAGUUCAAGAGAAAGCCUCAACCACCAAUAGCAAUGAUCAAUUUAGACGACGAAGACGCGAACGAUGAUAACAUGUGCAAGCCUGCUCGGAUAGCCAUGGAUACUGAAACACCGAAUCCACUCUCAGCAACAGCAUAGCGUGAAAAGGGAAUAACAGGACUAUCUAGAAUGAUCUAUAAUAACAAUUAUAAAAGCUAGACCUACUGCAUAAAACACAUAAACUCGCAAACAAAUCUGGCAGCCAUAUCAUCAGUCAUUACACGCACCAAUUCAUCGCACUAAACGUGGGACAAUUCAAAAUAAUCUGACAAGGGAGAGAAGUUUUUGUAGGACACAUUCUAGUUUUGUACAUACUAUUUUCAUCCUUAUUCCGACUUGUGUAAAGAGACUUUCGUUUGCCACCUUUCUGUUUCAAAUCAUGUCAAUGGUCUUAUUAUAAUCUCUUCCUGCCAUGCUCUAUCUGCCAAUAUAUUCCAUGGAGCAGUGAUAGGCUUCAACUUGA